CUCCCUGCUUCUCACACACGUGACUUGGGAAUUCUCAGCGUGAUGACGUCACGCCAGAGCCAGGUCAAGUUACUGUAGUUCGGUUUGCUUCUUCCUUGUUCUAUUGCUUCCUAAAAACCGGUCUACUCCAGGGAAAUAACUACAAUGUCCCACCAAACGGGAAUACAAGCUACCGGCGAGGUAAAAGACAUCUUUGCCAGGGCAAGGAACGGCGAAUAUCGGCUUCUGAAGAUCGUUAUUGAGAAAGAGCAGCUGGUGGUGGGGGGAGCCACACACGCAGAGAGGAGCUGGGACCAGGAGUACGAUGCGUGCGUUCUUCCAGUCCUGGAGGACGACCAGCCCUCUUACCUCCUCUACCGCCUGGACUCCACCAACAACCAGGGCUACGAGUGGCUCCUCCUGGCCUGGUCCCCAGACCAUUCCCCUGUGCGACAGAAAAUGUUAUAUGCUGCUACACGAGCCACCCUGAAGAAGGAGUUUGGAGGAGGGCACAUUAAAGAUGAGAUCUUCGGCACAGUGAAGGACGACGUGUCUCUGAGCGGCUACAGGAAGUACCUCACCUCCCAGGCUGCACCUCUUCCCCUCACUGCAGCGGAGCAGGAACUGAGACAAAUCAAACUCAACGAGGUGCAGACGGACAUCGGCGUGGACACAAAGCUGCCCACCCUGCAGGGCGUGGCCUUUCCCAUGACCCGCGAGACACUGCAGGCCAUGGAGCAGUUCAGGGAGCGCCAGCUCAACUACGUCCAGCUGGAAAUAGACUUUCAGAACGAGACCAUUAAGCUGUCUGACACGACUCCCACGGAGAUCCGAGAUUUGCCGAAGAGAAUUCCCAAAGACGCGGCCCGGUACCACUUCUUCCUGUACAAGCACUCCCACGAAGGGGACUACCUGGAAUCAACAGUCUUCAUGUACUCCAUGCCCGGGUACAAGUGCAGCAUCCGGGAGAGGAUGCUCUACUCCAGCUGCAGGAACCCUCUCAUCGACACGGUGGAGAACCACCUGCGCAUCCACAUCGCCAAGAAGAUCGAGAUCGAAAAUGGCGACGACCUGACAGGUGACUUCCUGUACGAGGAGGUGCAUCCGAAGCAGCACGCCCACAAGCAGGCCUUCGCCAAGCCCAAGGGCCCGGCGGGGAAGAGGGGGGGCCGCAGGAUGAUCCGGCCCCCGGGGAACGACGACGAGUAUUAACCCCCCCCCCGCCAGCCUGCAAUGGAACAUUCCACUUAGUUACCCUGGGGUUCCUACGGACCGCUGUAACCCCUCUCCUUAAAAUACCCCCACCCUCCCCCCGAGACUGAACUAUGCACAAAUUAAGAAAAUCACUAGGCUCAAACUCAGAUAUGAAAUUCCGUUUGUAGCUUGUCGUACUGUAAGUAAAAUGAAGUUUAGAUACGCAGGAAUGUAUUGAGGAAGUGUUUAGUGAUGAGAAGCGUGAUUUAUUCAGCGAUAGGGAUGAGGCUCGGGCAGUGAAGUGGACGGUGGGCUUUGGAGAGGAAACGCCGCCGAGGUGAUGUAUGGAUUUGAAAAGCAUUCUUUAUCUGUCGUGUAUUACACAUGAGACCAAACUGAUUUUUGGACCAGGUUUUUGGAGCAGGCAUGGGUUUAAGCAGGUUUAUCUUUCAGCAUCAAUAAUAUUACAGAGGAGAUUUUUAUAACGGGAAAAGGACUCACAGCCAUGGUUUAAGGUACCUGUGGAGAAUCUAUUUUUCUAUGCGUGUGCUGUACAUCGGUUUUCUGGUCUGUGUUAAAACAUUACUUUCUUUCUCUGCUACACAUCGAUUGUCUGAUCAUGUUAUAUUGACCAGGGCUGCCCAACCAGGUCCUGGAGAUCUACCGUCCUGUUGGUUUUCACUCCAACCCUAACAAAGCACACCUCAUUCAACAGCUAGAGCAGGGCUGCCCAACCCAGUUCCUGGAGAUCUACCGUCCUGUUGGUUUUCACUCCAACCCUAACAAAGCACACCUCAUUCAACAGCUAGAGCAGGGCUGCCCAACCCAGUUCCUGGAGAUCUACCGUCCUGUUGGUUUUCACUCCAACCCUAACAAAGCAGCUGCCCUCUCUGGUUGGGUAGCCCUGAUAUUGGCAGACCACUGUUUGAAGAACUAGGGAGCACAUUUCUCAGUCAAACUGACCUGUCGUUAAAUUAGUGAAAAUGAUCAUGUUGUAAGUCUCCAUUAUUUUUCCAAGGAAUUGUUUUAAAUAAGUAAAUAAAAUUAAAUAUUUAAAUAA